AGCAGCUCAGUAGUUUCGCGAUUUGUUUAGAAUUCAAGUUAUUCUCAUUCGAUCGACCAAAUCAAAAUCUCAGUAGGAUGUCUGGAUUCGAUUCAUCUCAAACUUCUGAUCCAUUGGACGUAAUCUUAGCUACUGGUGGUUAUGAUAAUACUAUUCGAUUUUGGGAAGCUUGGUCAGGUCAUUGUGUCAAAUCUAUCAAUCAUCCUCAGAGUCAAAUCAAUCGACUUGCUAUCUCUCCUGAUAAGCGUUAUCUAGCCGUUGCUGGUAAUGCUCACGUUAGGCUAUACGAUAUUGCUAUUGCCACAUCUUCUCAUCCUCCUCCUGCUCACCAUGGCCCACCUCCAUCGGAUCGAACACCUCAACAGCAACAACAAGCUCAAGCUCAAGCUGGACUAUUACAAAGCUUCCCUCAUAAUGCAAAUGUGACAUCUGUGGCCUGGCCGAAGGAGUGUCAAUGGUUUGUGACUGGUAGUGAAGAUGGUGCGAUGAGAAUUUGGGACAAUCGCACUCCCGUUGCCCAACGUACAUACGAUCACAAGUGUGCUGUCAAUGACAUUGCGAUUCAUCCCAACCAAGGCGAAAUCAUCUCGUGCGAUCAAUCUGGUGCAAUCAAAAUCUGGGACCUAGCCGCUGACUCAUGUACCCACGAAUUGUUUCCCGAGGAGGAUGUGCCACAACGAAGUGUGACCAUAGCAAGCGAUAAUAGUUGUCUAGUAGCGGGUAAUAAUUCGGGAAAUGUGUUUGUUUGGAAUAUUUCAACUGCCAAUGGUGGGAGUUAUACUGAUUUACAAGCUCAAGCGACUUUUGAGGCCCAUAAGCGCUAUUGUCUCAAAGUUCUUCUCAGCCCCGACGUUCGUCAACUUGCCACAUGUUCAGCCGACACAACCAUCAAGAUUUGGACUCUAUCACCAACAGGUCCACCUAUCCUCGAUAAAACCCUCUAUGGUCAUCAACGUUGGGUUUGGGAUUUAGCUUUUUCAGCUGAUUCAGCUUAUCUUGUAUCAGCUUCUUCGGAUCAUUCUGCUAGACUUUGGGAACUUGCUUCAGCUCAAGCUGUAAGACAAUAUACUGGUCAUUCCAAACCUUGCGUGGCUGUUGCUUUAAAUGAUAUCAAUGUAGGAUAACUUAACAAAGUUACUAUACCAGUCAUUGGAAAUGUUGAAAACUUGUUCUUUAGGAAUUCAACCAUAUAUCAUCUUGUAAUUAUAGAAUAAGAGUUUGUGCGUAUGAUCAAUGAUAAGGUUGCAUCUUUUGGUU